GAGGAAUGUUACCGCGUGACCAUAAUCUUCCUGAUUCAUAUUACAAAAUGAAACAAUUAAUGUCUCAGUUGGGGCUUCCUUGUAUAGAAAUUGAUGCGUGCCCAGAAGGAUGUAUGUUGUUCUGGAAGGAUGAUGUGGCACUUGAGACCUGCAAGUUCUGUGGUGGAGAGAGAUACAAGCAUGUUCCUCAUAGACGAAAAAAACCACGAAAAAGGUCUGCAUUGUCUAAAUUGUUUUACCUCCCUCUAGCUCCACGCCUGCAGAGGAUGUAUGCUUCAAAUGCUACUGCGAAACACAUGACGUGGCAUGUUGAGCACGAAACCAAAGAGGGUUUGAUGUCUCACCCUUCCGACUGUGAAGCUUGGAGACACUUUGACCGUUGUCAUCCUCAGUUUGCAAUGGAGCCACGGAAUGUGCGACUGGGAUUGUGUUCAGACGGAUUUGCUGCUUUUGGAAAGUUUGGGAAGAAAUUUUCAUGUUGGCCAGUCAUGCUAACUCCUUAUAAUCUUCCUCCCGACAUGUGCAUGAAAAGUCAUUUCAUCUUUUUAACUUUAAUUUGUCCAGGUCCCUCGGAUCCUAAAAAAAGGAUAGACAUCUAUCUCCAACCCCUGAUCGAGGAGAUGAAAGAACUUUGGGCCAUUUGGGACACCAACUUAUGAUGUUUCGAGAGAUCAAAUGUUUAUCAUGAAAGCUGCCAUCAUUUGGACCAUUAGCGACUUCCCUGCUUAUGGUAUGCUUUCAGGAUGGAGCACACACGGUCUUAUGGGAUGUCCGAUAUGUAUGGAUCAAUCAGAUGCCAAUUGGCUCAAAUUUAGCGGGAAACCAAGUUACUUUGAUUGUCACCGCAAGUUUCUGCCUAUGAACCAUCGAUAUCGAAAGGAC